UCCCGAUUUUUUUUUAUUCUCACUUCUUUCCUUCUUAGUUUUCUUCCUUUCUUUCUUUUUCUUUUAGCUAGUCACCAGAAUUAAGCUGUUAUUGUUGCAUGUUUAAUUUGGUGCGUUUAGGCGUGGUGCCUGGCUUAGGUUGGAUGAUUAGCGCAAGUGUUUUUAGGUUGUCGCGGCUGGCCUGUUUGUUGUGCGUCUCGCGCGCGCCUGGUCCCUAUUAAGAAGCUGCUUGAGUGAGUGCUGGGGUUGGGGUUAAGUUUGUUGAAUUAUUGAUCGUCACGUGGAAUUUUAUGGAAGUUGCGGGAGUGCAAGAGCUCUUACGACGGAUUAUUGUCUGCCCAACCCAACGUGAACAAUUAUCAUGCGAAAUGGUUUUGUACUCCUGUACUAAUAGGGACUGCUGGUGUUAAAUUGUUGCACCAAGUGAGUUCGUGUAAAUAUUUAGCUGUUCACCCGCGCAGGAUCAUUAUCCAUAGGUUUGGAAGUGGGAAAGCUGCCGUCAAACGUGUAUGCUGCGGGUUGUUUUUAUUUGGAAGUUCUUUUGACUCGCAGUUUUUUUGGUCGUUAUUGAGGUUGCUUUUUAAUACAAGCAAUUGAUUUGCCCCCUCAAGCCUGUGUUGCUAAGCACGUGUUAUAUUUUUAGAUCUGGCCCGAGAAGUCAAAACACUGGUGAAUAGCGCUUCGCAUCCAACAUGAGAGGUCAUAUUGAGGAACUCUCAGAUGCUGAAGGUGGAAACUACAAAGUGAAGGCUUCUCGAGUACCAGGCAAAGCUCUUGAUUCCUCUAUACCAGGUGUCCCUAGAUCAGAGAAGAGGGGGCCCAAAAUAAUUUUCAAGCUUUCCAAUGGUCAUUCUAAGAAUGGUCCCGUACAACAGGAAUCUGUACCAGUCAAACCUCGACCUCGAAUCAUAAUUAAACGACCACAACGGCCGGUAGAGCUUGAUGACGAGGCUCCUCCUUCAGAACCACUCCCUAGUUCACCUCUGUUUGAGGAGUCUGAAGACGAGAAACCCAAGCCUCGGAAGCAUGAAAAGAAGCGGCACAGGAAGAUUGGGGAUUAUAUGGAAUACCCUGAAGUAUGCUCCCCUUCUUUUCUGGAUUCUGAAGAAGAUGAAGGUGUACUGGAAGAAGAUGAGGAGGACGCAGAAGAAGAGCAGUCUCGAAAAUCUAAAAAGCAUAAAAAGAAACGACGUAAGAAAAUCGAAAUGGUGGACGAUAGCGAUGAUGAAGAUUUUGAUCCUAUGGUUGAAAUGAGGAGAAAGAGAUCUACCAAAAAAGCUGGGGAUUCUCUUGGAGCGAGUACGCCAACGUUGCCGAAUCUACUAGUAGAAAGGAUAGAUAUUCUUGGUGAUGAAGCCACCAACAAGAAUCUCCAUGAAAUUUCUAGACCGUCUGUAGCUGUUCCGCUCGUUACACCAGGUCUUGGACAGCGUUCAGAUGAUAAUCCAAUUAUCAAGACCCUUCAAAAGUGUCAUCGAAUUGCAGCUAGUUUGAAGAGUGAGCUGAAAGCGACCAGCACCUCUGAUGACGCUGUUGGUACGGACCGGUAUGCAGAAGUUGAUGCAUCUGCUGCGAAGAUUGUUUCUCAGUCAGAUGUAUGUGCUGCCUGUGGAAUUUGUGAGAACGAUGGCAGUCGUGUACUCAAGCCUUAUCAACUUGUUGGAGUUAAUUUUAUGCUGCUGCUACAUCGCAAGAAUGUCGGAGGAGCUAUUUUGGCAGAUGAAAUGGGUCUUGGGAAGACUGUUCAGGCUGUUGCCUUUCUCGCACUUUUAAAACACCUUGACAGAGACCCAGGCCCUCAUUUGUUAGUUGCGCCAGCUUCACUGCUGGAGAAUUGGCUUAGAGAGAUAAAAAAAUGGUGCCCAGCGUUCACAGUUGUGUUAUACCAUGGAAACGAGAGGGCCGUACAGUACGAGAGGUUGCAUCGUGCUGCCAAGGGGAAGGGACCAGCACCUUUCAACGUUAUGCUUACUUGCUACUCCCUCUUUGAGCGGCAAAGUGAGCAAAUGAAAGAAGAUCGAAAGUUUCUGAAGAAAUGGAAUUGGAGCACCGUGCUUAUGGAUGAGGCACAUUUACUCAAGGAUCGUGGCAGUUAUCGCAGCAAACGAUUACGUGAUGUUGCUCAGAAGGCUAAACAACGUGUCAUGUUGACUGGAACUCCGCUUCAGAAUGAUUUACAGGAAUUAUGGUCACUUCUGGAGUUUAUGAUGCCAGAUAUAUUCGAUACUUCGGGUGUAGACCUCGAUCAGUAUCUUGGAACCAGAAAUUGCACAACUGGUGUUUUAGCUCAAGACAAGGACUUGAUUAAUCACAUUAAGGCUAUUCUUGGUCCUUUCGUGUUGCGACGCGUUAAAAGUGAUGUUAUGAGACAGCUUGUGGCCAAAACUCAUGAGGUUGUCUCUGUUGAUAUGCUCGAGGAACAAGCUCUUGCUUACAAGCAAGCUGUAACUGAGUACCGGGCUUUGGCAAUGGCGGCACGAGCAUCGAAGAAUUCAAAGGCUAAUUCUACCAAUAUACUGGACUGCCUGGCUCGUCGACAAGUGUCAAAUAUUUUCACUCAGCUCAGGAAGCUUGGCAAUCAUCCAUUGCUCAUCAGACGGAUUUUUACGGAUGAAACUGUGAAGAAAUUAGCUAAAAAGUAUCACAAGAUGGCUGUGUUUGGUAAUGAGUGCACUGUUGAGCGUGUACAAGAAGAGUUGAGCAACUACAGCGACUUCACUCUCCACAGAAUGUGUUUGGUAUAUGGCGGAGUUCCUGGAGGUCAAGGAAAGCUAGAUGAUCAUCAUGCUUUGGCAUCUGCCAAGUGUCGAGCUUUGGUAACUCUUUUGCCACAGCUAAAGAAGGAAGGACAUCGUCCUCUAAUUUUUAGCCAGUGGACGAACAUGCUGGAUAUCCUGGAAUGGGCACUUGAUGUGAUUGGACUUCGAUUUACUCGUCUGGAUGGAAGCACCCCUGUGACGGAGAGGCAGAAUCUUGUGGACGAGUACAACAAUAAUCCAGAUAUCUUUGUCUUCUUACUGUCAACUAGGGCUGGUGGACAAGGCCUGAACUUGACUGGUGCAGAUACUGUAAUCAUUCAUGAUGUGGAUUUCAAUCCACAAAUGGAUCGUCAAGCUGAAGAUCGUUGCCAUCGAAUUGGACAGACAAAACCUGUGACUGUGUAUCGGCUUGUUACCAAGGGUACUGUGGACGAGAGCAUAUUCAGAAUUGCUCAGCAGAAGUUGGUCCUGGAUGCUGCUGUUCUGGAGUCUGGCGGAGACAAGGAAUCUGCUACCGUCCAGAAUGAGCGUGAUGUACGAACUAUGGGAGAGAUUUUGUCAGCCCUUUUAGCUGCCUCGACAUCAUAAUUUUUGUAAGUUUAGGUUCGCAGAUUGGAAACCACUGAUCAAGUUGCUACUCAUUGUCUGUGUACUACCAACUGUCACAUAUCGAAUCAAAAUUAAAACAUUUACUGGGCUCUCCUAGUUACGCUUAGGUUUAGUCAGGUGCACAAGAUCAUGUUCAUAAGAAUUUCUGUCGAGGCCAUUGGAUGAGCCUGGUUACAAGCUAAUGGGACUGAAACCCUAAAAUUGUCUACGGAAUUUUGCAAUUCAUUCCUUGAUUGCUAUUUUAAUUGAAGACGAGGAAAAUUUCCUUCUUUACCGUU